AUGCAUCGAUCCCACGCGGAGCGCGAGCUCGAGAUUCGCGGGCACGAGUGGACGCGUCGGAACGAAGCCGCCGCCGCGAAGCUCGCGUCCGACGCGCUAGAGCACGCGACGAACGCGGUGGAGGCGGAGACGGACCGCCUGCCGCUCCCGGACCUCGCGGCGUCGCUUCGAGAGAAGAUCGAGCGCAUCGCGCGUCGACACGUGGACGAGUUUAACGCGAAGACGUCGCCCGUGGCGGACACCGCGGCGGCGCAGGACGCGUUGAUCGAGCUGAAAAAGACAAACGCGGAGAGGCUCGCGUCGUCGCUGGAGCAGAACGCGCGUCAGUGGCACAAAGCGCUGGCUCCCGUGAGCGAGGCCGCGCUCGAGACGCUGAACUUCGACAGGACGUGCGUCCGCGCGAUUCGGGCGGCGUGGAGCGUGACGGACGCGAAACUGAACGCGGACGCGGUGCGAAGGUGCGCGCGCGAAAUCAUCCCGUGGGCGUUGAAGCGCGACGCCGCGAACGCGUGGAUCGACGCGUUCGAGCACCGCCGAGCGGAGAUCAUCGCGGAGCACUCGCGAUCGAGCCUCCUUCGAAAGCGCCCGAGGAACGUGAUGAUCGUGAACAUGACGAGCGCGACCGUGCGGGAGGUCGCGAAGGUGUUCGUGAACGACGACGUGUCCGAGAGACUCGCCGCCGCGCGCGUGAAGUUUCGAUGCGUCCUUCUCACGACGCUCUGCGUCGUCGUCGCGUCCGCGUGGCUGCACGUGACGUCGAAACCGCGCCAUCGCCGCGUCGACGUCAGCGAUAACGAUGUCACGGACGAAGACGUCGACGACGCGUUCGUUCCCGACGUCGACGCGGACGCGCCGGGGAGUGAUCGCGCGUGGGUCACGAUCGACCGCGAAGAAGCGGCGGCGGCAGAGGCGGCGGCGGCGGCGGCGGCGGACGCGGAACGCGUCGUCGCCGCGGACGCGGACAUCACGCCGCCUCGGGCGAAGACGCCGACGCCACCGCAUCUCGUCGAUCUCACCGGCGGGGACGCGAACCUGCCGAACCCGGUCGUGUUCAACGCGACGCAGCCGCUGCCGGACGAGGACGCCGGCGAGGAGCGCUUCGACCUCGUGGACGGAACCGAAUCCGACUCCCCCGGGUGGGCGGAAAUCUCCCCGCCGCGGUCGCCCACGCCGCCGCCGCCGCUGCAGAUGACCGUAUCUGAUAUCAUGAGGGAGAUCAACCGCGUGCGAGACGGCGACGCGGACGCGAUGGCGCGCGUGCUCGCCUUCCACGUCCACCCCGACGUCCGACACCUCGUCUCCGCCGCCGAGACGCACUCGAUGGGCGGCGCCGACGCGCGGACGGUCGCGGAGUGGCACGUUCGGGUCCUCGGGUACGUGCGGCUUCGCACGGACGACGACGAGGAGGCGUGGCUGCGCGCGCCGUACGUCACGAGCGUGCUGCGGCGGUACGCGGACAGGGUGUGAGCGAGCGAAGAGGAGACGCGACGAGCAAGAAUGUUUUUUUUUGGAGGCGCGAACGAACGAACACGGAGGAGUGUACGAGUACCCCGCACGACGGACGAAUUUGUUUUCCCGUAGAGCGCUUCUAGCGCGAGAUGUAAUACGAGCGCACGACGACGUCACGCUCGCGAGG